UGAAAGUGAAACUUAUAGUCAAAGGCUGAGUAACUGCAGAUAAGACGACGUGUUUUCAUUUUCUUAUUUUACAUAUCAGCACAGAAGAUCUGUAAAGUACAGCUGACAUGGCCACUGAAGGUAGUUUCCAGUCUGACAAUAAGUUUCUGUGCUGCAUCUGUCUGGAUGUGUUCACUGAUCCAGUCACCAUCCCAUGUGGACACAACUUCUGCAAAACCUGCAUCACACAGCACUGGACAGUGAAUGACCAGCACCAGUGUCCAAUGUGUAAAGAGCCUUUUGAUAAAACACCUGAUCUACGAGUCAACACGUUCAUAUCAGAGAUGGUCCAUCAGUUCAGACAGACGAUGGUGAACAAAAGCAGCAGCUGCUCAGAGAAACAAGCUGCAGAACCAGGAGGAGUUCCUUGUGAUGUCUGCACCGAGGCCAAACUGAAGGCCCUGAAGUCCUGCCUGGUGUGUCUGACCUCCUACUGCCAGACUCACCUGGAGCCUCAUCUCAGAAUCCCAGGCCUGAAAAGACAUACGCUGAUCAAUCCUGUGGAAAACCUGGAAGACCGCAUGUGUAAAAUAUAUGGUAGACCUCUGGGGAUGUUCUAUUUAACGGACAACAUUUGUGUGUGCCAGUUUUGUACUGUGUCAGAUCACAGGCUUCAUCAUGUUGUCCCCGCCAUACAAGAGUAUGAAGCAAAGAAGGCUGUGCUCCAGACAGAAGGCACUAAUGUCCAACAGAUGAUCCAGGAGAGACGACUGAAGAUUGAGCAGAUCCAACAGUCAGUAAGGCUCAGUAAAGACGAUGCAGACAAAGAGACAUCGGCCAGCGUGAAUGUCAUCACUGCCCUGAUAGAGUUUAUUGAAGCAGGUCUGACUGAGGUCGUGAAGACAAUUGAGGAGAAGCAGAAAACGAUAGAGGAACAGGCUGAAGGCUUCAUCAGAGAACUGGAGGAGGAAAUAUCUGAGCUGAUGAAGAGAAAUGUUGUAGUGGAGCAGCCUUCACACAUCAAAGAUGACUUCAAACUCCUUCAGAACUUCACCUCCAUGAACACUGCUCCACCCACCGAAGACUGGACGGAGGUCAGAAUUCAAACAUCACAUAGGGGGACUGUGAAGACCACUGUGGGUCAGCUGAAGAACACAAUUGAUGAAAAAGUGAAGAGGCUGUAUAUUGAUAUUGAGCUGAACAGGGUCCAGCAGUUUGCAGUGGACAUAACUCUGGAUCCUGAAACAGCAAACCCGUAUCUCAUAUUAUCCCCUAAUGGGAAAGAAGUUAAGCAUGGUGAUGUAAUGAAAGACCUCCCUGACAAUAUGGAGAGGUUUUUUCCUACUUGUGUUGUCUUAGGGAAGCAGAGUCUCUCCUCAGGAAGAUGUUACUAUGAGGUCCAGGUUAAAGAGAAGACUGAGUGGACUUUGGGAGUGGUCAGUGAGUCCAUCAGUAGGAAGGGGAAAGUCAAAGCACGCCCCGCAAGUAAGUGUUGGAGCAUUGGUCUGAGAAAUAACUGCAACUAUAAGGCCUUUAAUAACACCCAUGUUCCUCUCAGCAUCAAAUCUGAUCUCAAAAAGGUGGGGGUGUUUGUGGAUUAUGAGGAGGGUCUGGUCUCUUUUUAUGAUGUAGAUGCCUCAUACCUUAUCUACUCCUUUACUGACUGUAACUUCAAUGAGAAACUCUGUAUGAUCUUUGGCCCCCGUUCUAAUGAUGGAGGUAAAAACUCUGCGCCUUUGAUCAUAUGUCCUGUUGGUCAGACCUAGUCACGUCCACAACACUGUUCUCUGACCACAAAGAAUUUGGGCUGGGCUGAAAAUGAAUAAAAAUAUGAUAUUUGGAAGAACAAACUGAAAUGGUUCAGGAAUUAACUCAAUAUUUUGAGGGGAAAAAAAUCAGAAUGAGGUGUUAAAAAAUAUAAUACUUGCAGUUACCAGAUGAACCACAGGAGUCUGAAUCUGUAAAUGUCUCCAGCUUCACCUAAGGGGAAAAUUUAGUUAUUUGUGAACUAAAAUUUCAUUUAAGGAGAUGCCCUACAUUGAUCAUUUUACCACUAGUGACAGACUGUUAAGUCCACAUCUUUAUAAGGUUAUGCUUAUAAAAUUAUUACCUGUCCUCAAAACAUUAGGAAUUCAUUCUCAAAAUCUUGUGACUUUUUCUUUAAAAAGUUACUCCUUUUUUCACAUCAUUGU